GGUUCUUUACAAUGUAGAAGUAUAUUUUCCGCCCUGUUGUUAUAAUAAUUAUCCGGGUAUCUAAGCGGCAGUACAUAUGCAUGCGUUUCUCUCAUUUACAUAAGAAUCUUGGAGAUUUUUCAAGUUUGGUUACAUUUAACCUCAAACGAAGAUGGUCCUGCAAGUGGUCACCCACUCGCUGUUAGUGAUGGUGGUGUUUUCGACUGUGGCGUCAUAUGAUGGCGUCAUUCAGAUUGGUGUAUACAACAUGAGCCUCCCGACCGACGAAUUGUUUCAACUGUUCAAAGAGACACAUGAACGGAAAUAUAAACAUGUUACUGAGGAAAAUAAAAGACGUCAGAUCUUUGCUGACAACGUUAGAUACAUCCACAAACACAACGCACAAUAUGCAAGCGGAGAGUCGACGUACUAUCUCGGGAUCAACCAGUUUACAGACAUGACAUAUAAAGAAUUUGCUGUCAAAUUUGCCAAUCUUCGAGAUGAGCAUAUCUUGACCGGAAAUGCAUCCAUCUUUUUUCACCCGGAAAAUUACAAAGCGCCUUCUUCGGUGGACUGGAGACAGAAAGGAUACGUGACACUAGUCAAGAACCAAGGCGAGUGCGGGUCAUGUUGGUCAUUUAGUGUGACUGGAACCAUCGAAGGACAGAAUUUCCGAAAAACUGGACAACUGGUGUCACUGAGUGAGCAGCAACUAAUUGACUGCUCAAGAAACUAUGGUAACCAAGGAUGUGAUGGCGGGUAUUUGAAAGAAACUCUUCAGUACGUCACUGACGCAGGAGGUAUUGAAGGCGAGGCGGAUUACAGCUACAAGGGAAAGGAUGUCUAUCCGUGUUCGUUCAGCGCUGGCAAAGUUCGAGCCACUAUUCGUGGUUACUCCAGCGUCCCCGAUGGUGAAAAGAACUUGGAAACCUCCACUGCUACUGUUGGACCUAUAGCAGUUGCCAUCGAAAUCAAUCAAAACUUCAUCAGUUACACGGGCGGUGUCUUCUAUGACGCGGAUUGCUAAAAAACUUCCAUAGGAGGUCACGCCGUUCUCGUGGUGGGCUAUGGAUCAAGUCCCUCCAACUACUGGCUCGUGAAAAACUCAUGGGGCAUCACGUGGGGUGAGGCGGGCUACAUAAGGAUGGCAAAAGAUAGAAACAACAUGUGCGGCAUUGCUUCGCGAGCCGUGUUUCCACGAGUGUGAAGCUUUUAGCCAAUUGCAAUAAGACACUUAGCAUCCGCAUUUCAUUUAUCAACAUGUAUGAAACACCAGUUAUACACUUUAAUGAGACGUAAUAUGAUAUUGUUUUUUAUAUGUAUUUAUUGAAAUGAAUUAAGAAUGCAAACUAGCAUACCAUUGUUUUCCACUAUUAAAAUCCUUACCUAUGAAAUUCUCUUGAUCCUCUCAAUGCAUAUAGGUAAAAUAAUUAUUGGUUGUAAGUAUUUGAACUGUAUACCAAACCAGUGAUAGCUUGAAAUAAUGUUCUAUGAAAUGCAACAUCACGAGUCAUCAGAGGUGCAUCACCUCCAAAAUUUUACCCGACUUCUCAUCUCAGCGAUUAUUUUAAUUAUCUUAAGGACAAUUUCAUAGCAUCUUUAUUGAUAUUGGACUUUCACGAUUGGUAAAAUUACUUUUUCUUGAUAAUUGAUUAUGUCAACUA